AUGAAUAUGUUUGGAGGAAAAAAAAGUAACCUACCACCUCGACCAAGUCUUCCUCUAGGAGAACAAAUUAUGGAAGACCUUCAAAAUGCAAAAUCUAAUGAUGUCGCAUUUAAUAUUAAUUAUAAAAAUGAUAAUAAACAAUACAAUUUGCAUUUCCCGACGAAUGUCAAUGAUGCUGAAACAAUAUACCGCCAAGCCCGGAGAUAUCUAGACGGAAUUGAGCAAUUGAAAGUACUCUCCGAAAGUCUUAACCAAGAGCAAUCAGCUCUUCAAGUCAGUUACGAAGAAAUCGUUAAAUUAGCGCAAGAAAUUCGUGAUCAAGCACAAGCUGUUCUCGUUAAAUAA